AGCGUGAGCACCUGAUUAAACACUUGCGAUCUACAGCUUAAGUUCAAAAAAAUUGUAAAAUCAGAACUCUUUUUUGCUAAUUGAACUCUUUCUCUCUGCUCUGCUCUGCUCUGGUAAUGUCAAUGGCAGUCUCUCUUUCUAACAAUUUCUCUCUCUACAAUCCUCCAAAGCCCCUAGUCUGUAAGAGAACAACCCCUUCUUCUCUUCAUUUCAAUCCCAGUCUUACAUCUUUCCCAGUUUAUAAAUCCUCAUCUCCAUUAUUAUUAUUUUCAUCAAAGACUAAAACCCCAUUAUCUUUAAAAUCUUCAUUUUCAGUCAAAGCUUCCAACUUUUCUCCCCAGAUAAACGAUCAAGAUGAAGUUCACCUAGAUGAUUCAAAAAACACGGGAGUUGACGGAGAAGAAAAAAGUCCUACUAUAAAGUCCCUGCUCAAAGUUUACAAGGAGGCUGUCUUGAUUGGAGAUGAGAGAACCACGUCCCAAGUCGAAUCAAUGAUAUGUGAAGUUGAAAAUGAGAAAAAUGAGUUGGUCAUGAAAACUUCAACCCUGGCAGCAGAGAUAAAUUCGGGGAAGGAAAGAUAUAUACGUUUACAAGCAGAUUUCGAUAAUUUUAGGAAAAGGUCAGAAAAGGAGAAACUUACAAUAAGGAGUGAUGCUGAGGGAGAAGUUAUACGGAGCCUGUUGCCCAUGGUUGAUAAUUUUGAGAGGGCCAAACAACAACUCAAAUUACAGACAGAUCAAGAGAAAAAGAUCGAUGCAAGUUACCAGGGUAUAUAUAAGCAGUUUGUGGAGAUCAUGAGAAGCUUACGUGUAGCUGUUGUUGCUACUGUUGGGAAGCCAUUUGAUCCCUUGCUGCAUGAAGCCAUAGCACGUGAGCCGUCUCAAGAGUACAAGGAAGGUAUUAUAGUUCAAGAAUUCCGUCGAGGUUUCCUCCUUGGCGAUCGAUUACUAAGACCAGCAACGGUUAAAGUUUCUGCUGGCCCUGGUAAAAAGAAACAUCCUACUGUCGUUAAGGAACCAACAGAACAAUCUGCUGCAGCUGCCGGAGUAGAUGACUCUAGGUGAAUGCAACACAAGUCUUUUUUUACUCGAGAAGUUAUAUUUUCAUUACUGAUUGGCUGUUCUAGAAAAUUAAUUCUAGCAUGCCACUAAGCUCAUUUUCUUGGCCAAGGCAAAUGAUAUGGCCCAUAUAAUAUUAUCUCUUUCUUCAUUAAAUGUUGAAGUCUGAGUCUCUGAGCAUGAGUAACAGCUUACAUACCAUGUAUGUGCUAAAUGUCGUGGAUAUCAUAUUUAUAUGUUAGAUUAAAAAUAACAUUGUUACA